ACCGGCUAUCAUGCGUUUGUUUGCGCCUCAGCCGGAGGUGUUGCCAUAACCCUCCCGGCAUCCGUGAUGAUCCGCCACCAUUUAUAGCCUCGCAGUGACAAACAAUCUUAUUAUGAGAUUUAAACUUUGCCUCGGCUAGACUGGAGGAUCAACAUGCGCUCCUCUAGCAUUUCUUCCCCGCAGUUCUCCAAGUGAUACAUUACCUGCCUACAGCUUCCUACUUUAUACCCGCCUCCUCUGAUAGUGGUUAAACGCCGGUUUAGCUCUCAGUGUAAUAGAAAGCCCAAGCAGGGCUCUGGGUCUGUUCAGCAUACAUAAAGGCGAGCUCAGUGCUGAAUUUAAUCACUCAGCUCUUAAUGGAUCUUUGAGACUCUCCAUCGUCGCAGGCUGCUGCCCGUGUGCGUCUUCAGAGCGAAAGCAGAAAACUGGAUUCUUUUUCAUUUGUUUUUUGAUUUUUUUAAGUAGCUUAGCUGACAGUUAUAUGAAAUGUGUCUGUGAAGACGUCUCGUGUUCGUGGUGACAUACAGUAAAGCUGCCAGCUUUGUGUCGGGAAGAGGCUCGCGCUCCGAGAUCAUCCAGCAGAGUAAACAAAAGAGGAAUCCGUGAACACUUGCCCUGCAGAAGGACACCAGGGAUGGUCCCUCGCUGCGAGGACUUCAGCCUAGAUUACAGACGUAAGCGCAGGUUAUUCCUCCAUGCCAGGAAAGAGAUGAAUUAAGGAAGAGAGUGGCAGAAAUAAUAAGAUGAGACCAUUUAAUGAUGGUAACCUUUAAAGAAGAAAGCACAAGCCAAACUGGGGCGUUGAAAUCUCUUCUAAACUUCACCACCAGUAAACUGAAGGCAAACCUCAAUGAAAGAAACUGAGUGGAAGGUCAGAUACCCAACAUUUCUCUGAUUGGUAUGUGAGGACAAUAGCAUCCAUCAAUGAAGAGGAGACAAAUAAAAGGAUUGUUUCUGGCCUGGAGAACAGUCGAACAUCAAGCUGAUUUCCCAGAAGGGUCGUCUCAGUUGUCCUGAAACCACAGCAGAGUCCCUCUCCACUCAUUUUAUUUUUUGGCCCUUUCUCUCAGAGAAGCACCAAUGGCCUGCAGCUCAGGCAUGGUGAUGAGUGCCUUGUUUUGGUCUGUAGCCAUUGUAUAUUUGACUCAUAUUGGCAGAGUCAGUGGAGACUGCUGGCUAAUCGAGGGUGAAAAGGGCUUUGUUUGGCUUGCGAUUUGUAGCCAAAACCAACCACCAUAUGAGGCCAUCCCACAGCAUAUCAACAGCACCAUUGUUGACCUUCGUCUAAAUGAAAACAAGAUCAAAAGUAUACAUUAUUCCGCCCUAAGUCGCUUUGCCAACUUGACUUACCUGAACCUGACCAAGAAUGAAAUCUCCUACAUAGAGGAUGGGGCCUUUUCUGCUCAAUUUAAUCUACAAGUCCUUCAAAUGGGCUUCAACAAGUUGCGGAACCUGACAGAGGGGAUCCUCAGGGGUUUAGGAAAGCUGCAGUACCUCUACCUCCAGGCAAACCUUAUUGAGACUGUGACACCCAAUGCCUUUUGGGAAUGCCCAAACAUUGAGAACAUUGAUCUCUCCAUGAACCGAAUACAACAGUUAGAUGGGUCCACAUUUACCAGUUUGACCAAACUGACCACCUGUGAGUUAUACACAAACCCGUUCAACUGCUCAUGUGAGUUACUUGGUUUUGUCAAAUGGCUCUCAGUUUUCCCCAACAGGACCAAUGAGCGGAUGGUGUGUGACUCUCCGCCUGGUGUUUCUGGUUAUAGUUUACUCAGCCAGAAUCCUAACAAUCCGACAUACCGAAAUGCGCUCCACAUGCUCACCACUGUGUGUACUGAUGACUACGUGACACCGUUUAUUCCCCUACCCCCAGAGCCCACGACACCCCCACCGGACUCAACACUUUGUGGGCUGGAAGACUGUCCCUCAGGUACAGAACCAGAAGACCUUACCAUCAGUACAACCUACAAUGAUGUGGAAGUAUCCCCUAUGAUGAAAAUGAAGCAAGUAUCAAAUACAGGUGCCACCAUCACAGUUCAGAUUCCUUAUCCUUUCAAGAAGAUGUAUAUCCUGGUUUUGUACAACAAUAGCUUUUUCACAUUUAUUAAAAACCUGAAAGACAUAAAAGAGGACGUCGAACUCAAAAACCUUAAACCCCAAACUGAUUACACAUACUGUGUCGCUUCCGUGCGUAAUUCUCUUAGACACAACCACACUUGUCUGACAAUCACUACUGGACCUCGGAAUGGAAAAGAAAAUGCUGUGAACAAUGCAACCGCUACUCACUACAUCAUGACCAUUUUAGGCUGCCUCUUUAGCAUGGUCAUUUUCCUUGGUGUGGUCUACUACUGCUUGCGAAGGAAGCGUCAGCAAGAUGAAAAGCACAAAAAAUCGACUAGCCUGAAAAAAAAUAUAAUGGAACUUAAAUAUGGUCAAGAGCUGGAAGGUGGGACUAUUUCUAGAAUGUCUCAGAAGCAGCUGCUGGCCGGGGAGAGCAUGGCUCGUAUGCCAUACUUACCAACUGCUUCUGAGAUGGAGCAGUACAAAUUUCAAGAGAUAAAUGAUACACCUCAAAUGAUGAAAGGAAAUUAUAUGGAGGUGAGAAGUAUGGACCACCAUGAACGCAGGGAGUGUGACAUGGGUAUGCCUGGGAAUAGCCAAGGGUCGGUGGCAGAGAUCUCCACCAUUGCAAAAGAGGUUGAUAAAGUCAAUCAAAUCAUCAAUAACUGUAUAGAUGCUCUUAAGUCAGAAUCCACAUCUUUUCAGGGGGUCAAAUCUGGAGCAGUUUCCAACGCAGAGCCUCAGCUCGUUCUUAUAUCAGAACACCCACAGAGUAAAUCUGGCCUUCUAUCCCCAGGUUAUAAGGACAGCUACCAUCACUCCCUGCAGAGGCAUCGGACCUCUGACGCCUCCCCAAAGAGACCCAGCACUGCCACAGGAGGACCACGAAGCCCCAGGCCUUAUCGCUCUGAGUCUAAGUACAUAGAAAAAACCUCCCCGACAGGAGAGACCAUCCUUACUGUAACACCUGCCGCCGCCAUCCUGAGGGCAGAGGCAGACAAGAUUCGCCAGUACAGUGACCACCGGCACUCGUAUCCCGACGCUCAAAUAGAGGAACUUGAAGGACCUGACGGCCACAAGUCCUCCAUGCUGGAGCCUCUAACUCACUCCCGCUCCAGAGACUUAGCAUAUGCCCAUAUGUCUUCUCAUUACCAUAAUCUAAGCUACUCCUCCAGUCCUGAAUAUUACUGCAAACCUUCACACAGCAUUUGGGAGAAAUUCAAACUCCACCGUAAACGACACAAAGAUGACGAGUACAUGGCGGCGGGACAUGCGCUGCGUAAGAAAGUCCAGUUUGCAAAGGAUGAGGACCUCCAUGAUAUUCUAGACUACUGGAAAGGUGUCUCUGCCCAACAUAAAUCAUAACCUCUUUAGGUGUUUUUAAAAUGGACCACGCGUUGCAGAAAUUACACAAAAACCUCAUCUGACAUUUUCAUCAAUGGAUACUUCCACGUUAUAAUUAACAACUCACUAAAAGUGAAUCACAUUCUCUUUUGACUUUGACGAACAUGGGGUAAAGAUUCUUUAAAUUUGUCAUUUUAUGUAAAGCAUUCAUCUGGAAACUUUUAUCUAUUAAAAAGAAAAUAUAUUGCAAAUUAAUAAUAUAUAUGUUACAAUGGAUUAUAGGUUUUUGGGUAUCGCAUGGCCAAGUCCUGUGACAGUGGAUUUGCUGUUGUGUAAUAUGAAACUACAAUAUGAAGAUGUGUCUACUGAAACCUCACUCUUUUUUUCUGAGGAACUACCUGGACCCUUCAUUGAAAGAGAACUUUCGUUUCUAUCCUUCCUGCUUAUAUUUAAUUCAACUAAACUAUGUACAGAUAUGGGUUUCUAUAUUUGCAAUGUUUGCUGUGUAAAUGGAAAUGUAUUAGUAAGUGAAUCAGGUUUCAAUCAAGCAGAGCACUGUUCAUUUAAGAUAACUUGGUCCAACGUUUCAGAUUGUUUGUCAUUUUUACCUUCACUGCCUGUUUUUUUUAUUCUCUUUCUUUUGAAAGCUUUUACACGCAUUGACAGAGUACUACAGACAGAUUCUGUUUUAAUGUUCUCUUUAUUACACAACGCGGUAUUCAGUGGAUGGAAUCUCAUUGACUUUAUGCAGGUAGAAUGCAGUAUAACAUGCUGUAAUGAGGGUCUCAGUGAAGCAUACUUUUAUUUUUAGUACCAAAGUAGAAAAUGGUAAAAUGUUUACAAAAAUUCUGCAAUGUCUGAGAUUCAUCCAAACAUACAGCAGUAGGUCCUGGUCGACUAAUUUUCCUUUUUUUUUUUACUGUAUCGGUUACUCCUUCGAAAGUGAAAACAUGAAGGAAAUACAGCAUCCAUAUACCGGACAUGGUAUUGUAACCCUACAAUGAAUCACUUAUAUUUAAAGGUGAAGUCAGCUGUACUUUGUCGCCUGUUGUUAAGGUAAAGACAGCUGUUCUUCCCUACAGGAGGGCCCGAUGGAUGAAUGUAACAGAUACAUAUUCUGAUCUGUCUAUGGCAGCUUUCAUGUAAGGAACUAUUUAUUUAAUGCUAUUAACGACUGUGUCUUUUCCUUCGCUUCAAUAUAUUUGCUCCCAGUGUAUUAUAUUGCAUACUGUCUGAUCCGAUAAAUGCAGGAAAGUAGUUUGAUAUUUGGAUGGGCCUUGUUGCUUGCUGAGAGGUUUCAUUUGGUUUGUAACUGCAAGGCUGUUCAAUUCUUUUUGUAUAUUAUGAAAGCUACGUACCAUGACGAAUAUCAACAUGCUAGAGUAACAUUUGAGAAUGUGAAACUGAAUCCUCCGACUUACUGGCUGUGAAUUUGUAUAUCAUGAAUUUUUGGAGUAAAUAUAAAAACUUAACGCUUUUUCUUUAAAGGGUGUUCACAUAACUUAUUACAAAACAGGCUCAUGAUGAUUCAUUUCCUAUCGAUGAAUGAGCAAUAAAAAUGUAUUUAUACUCUCCUUCCAAGCUGAAGAGUUAUGCUGUUGUUACUGUGUAUGAAUUUAAAGCUUUUUACAAAAUUGUUAUUAUAACGAGAUAUCAUUUUCAGUUCCAAAUAAGGUAACAAGGAAGUAUUUCCAGGUCAUCUUUACAUUCCUGAUCUCAUAAUAAAGUUCAAUUGAGAUUUAUUGUAACAUUUCAUUUAAGAAAAAGCUGAGACUUGUAUGUACUGGUAUUAAUCCACUACUGUUACCAGAAUAAUAAGUGAAAUGCUGACUGCUUUAAUCCUCCAGACAGGUGCAAUGGAACCAUUGCAAAAGAAGAGAAAGAAAUACACUGGUUUA